AUGGCAUCGCGGCCUGAGAGCAAGUCUGAGGCAGAGGCUCUUGUUCCUCAAUUCCAACUUGAAAGGGUAUUAAAUCAAGACCAACAUGGUCGGCGAAUAUCUGUGCUGGGCACGAUUGCCUCCCAACCGGCACUUAUCAUUCUUGAACGGGCGGCAUUCCCUACGGAGCCCGAGCUCAUCUCGAGUCUCCUGGAGUCUCUUACAAACACGAAAAAUCUCGGCGCAAACGACAUUUACAGGUGGUAUAUGGCCAACCGGACCGUCAAGCCAUCAUCUACUCUGACGACUCUUACUUCGACCACGGCAUCGUCCAACGACGGCCACUCAAGCUCAGAUCCCAAAGUCCCGGACCUGAAACUCAACCUCAUCUACCCAUGCACACCUCAACAUAUCCGGAAAUACUCGUCACAGCGGAUACGCAUGGUCACCGAGACCCCCAAGAUUUACGCCACGCAUAUCAAGCCAUAUAUUUCGCGUCAACGAGCCGCCGGCCGGCUGGACUGGGUGUUCAACAUCCUCGAAGGCCGGACUGAACAAGAGGACGUCAUCGCGCGCUAUGACUGGGAUUCACCCUCCAAUUCAGGCUUUUUACUGCUGCCGGAUCUGAACUGGGACCGCAAAACAGUCCAAGGCAUGCACCUGCUGGCCCUGGUGCAGCGGCGUGACAUUUGGUCUCUGCGUGACUUGAAGAAGAAGCAUGUCCCCUGGCUCAAGAGCGUCCGUGACCAAGUCGUCACCGCGGCGACCAAGGUUUUCGAGCCCGGCCAGGUCGACCGGGAUGAAGUCAAGUGUUAUGUUCAUUACCAGCCGACUUACUAUCAUUUUCAUAUCCAUGCCGUGCAUGUCAUGCUGGAAGCCGGCACGACACAGAGUGUCGGCAAAGCGUUUGGGCUAGGUAAUAUCAUUUCGCAGCUCGAGACGAUGCAAGGGGACGAGGAAACGGGUAUGGAUUCGGUUGAUCUGCUCUACUUCGUGGGCGAGGAACACGAGUUGUGGAAACGGUGUUUCGGCCGGCUGAAGAACGGUGAGCCGGUCGAUCUGAAAUAG